UAUGAGAUCAACGGCCCCAAUUAUUUGAAAUCAUUGAGCAGACAGUAAAGUUCCUCCUGUUUCUGCAUUACAUGAUUCUCGCCCUCUUUUCAGUAUUUCAGUGCUUUUACGUCAACACAUUCACACAUCACACACAAUCACAAGACAUCGCCGGAAAACACACACAGAGGGCGGCGGAGGAGAAGCAAAUUCUUCGUGCAAAACAACACACAUUUUACAACAUUCUGUUCCCCACGCUCAAUCAAACAUAUAUAGAGAAAGACAGAUUGUGUGUGAUUGUUUUGCUGUGAGUUUUGUUACGAGAUGAUGUGGGAGGGGGGAUCGUCGUCGAUGACGGUGGCGGAAGGAGGUGGAGGCGGCGGAGGAGGGAGGAGGAAACCGUCGUGGAGAGAGAGGGAAAAUAACCGGCGGAGGGAGAGGCGGAGGAGAGCAAUUGCGGCGAAUAUCUAUAAUGGACUCAGAGCACAGGGCAACUACGAUUUGCCGAAACAUUGUGAUAACAACGAGGUUUUGAAAGCUCUUUGUAAAGAAGCUGGUUGGGUUGUUCUUCCUGAUGGCACCACCUUUCGCAAGGGAUGCAAGCCACCACCCGCCAUUGAAAUCGGAAGCACAUCAACCAACACAACUCCAUGUUCUUCCCGAAAACCAAGUCCACCUUCUUCAUCAUUCCCUUCUCCAUCACACUUCGACAUGAAUCAAUCCGCAUCAAAUCACCCCUUCACCUUCUUCCGUGACUCGAUUCCUUCAUCACUCCCUCCUCUUCGCAUAUCAAACAGCGCCCCUGUUACUCCACCUCUCUCCUCCCCAACUUCAAAACCUCCCCAAAAUAACCAUCUAAUCUGGGAAUCAUUCACCAAACAGUCAAUUCCCUCUUUCAAUCUCCCCUACUUUGCAUCUUCUGCUCCCACAAGCCCAACUAGAUAUCAACGUUUCACACCUUUUACUAUCCCAGAAUGUGAUGAAUCUGGUUGCUCCACCCUUGAUUCUUGUCAAUGGGUGAGUCGACCCAGUUCUCCCACCUUCCACCUUGUGACACCAAUGGCUCCAGAAAUCUCCACCAUGGAUAAAGGGAAAGGAAUGGAAUUGGAAUUUGGGAAUGGAGUGAAUGCGUGGGGAGGGGAAAGGAUUCAUGAUGUCGGGUUGGAUGAUCUUGAACUCACCCUUGGAAGUGGCAAUGCUAAGUGAUUUCAAUGGAGUUUUGAAGAUGUAGAGAUUUAGAGGUUAGUGUAUCAGUUAAGUUAUUUCUAGUUCGUGUUAAUGUUAAAUUAUUGAUUUUUGAUCUUUGUUUCAUGGAAACUUUCAAUUUGAAAAAAAAAAUGGAGGGUAGUAGUAGUAUGUAUCUUCCUGUUUCUAUUUAUUAAUUUCUUUCCCCAUUGAAGCACCUCUAUUUUCUCCAUAGUCC